GUCUGCCCCAACAACGGUUGUUUGUAGACGCCGAACUGUUGAAUUCGUACGCACAGAAGCCAGAGGAGAAGAUAUCAUUUUGAGAGAUGUUAGUCUUGAAAAGAAACGAUCGAAUAAAUGUGUUUAUUUUUUGUUUCUUGGUAAACGUAAUGCUCCAAAUACGGUUAGUAUCUAGCGGAGAUAUGUCGAAGUUACGAGAAGUUAUGGAGCAAAAGGCAAGGGAGCAAGGCAUCGAUCCCCACAAUCUGAAAAAGGGUGAAACUUUUAUGAUACCACCCGAGUUGAAUGAUGAAGAGGAAGGUUCUCAUCAUAUGCCAAUGGCACAUAGGUGCGAUGGCUGUACGGCAGUUGCUCAUCAGGUAUUUAUUGUAGAGCUUCCUUUAUUAGUCUCAUACUCUUAAUGAUUUUUUUAAGGUCUCAUCAGCCUCAUACUAUUAUAAUAUUAUUAUAAUAUAGUAAUAAUUUAUAUCACACAAAUCACAAUGGGUAAAAAACAAGGCAGACCAGGCAGUGUAAAUGGUAAUCGCUUAUUUUAGCGCAAUAAAUUCAAUAAUUAACUAUUUUAUAAAUAAUCAACUUGUUUCAUUAAUAAAAGUAUUUUAAACUACCAUCUUUUUGUUAGAAUACGACAACAUUUAAGACAAAUUAAAAUAGGUACUAGGAUACUCAAUGGGAGUCGCUUAGUUGAUUGAUUUGUCAAGUGAUGAGAGUAAAAACGAGUAAGACUUUCGGUAGGCUGUAUACAACACACUAGUGCUUGACAACAGUAGUCCGUUACACACUACAACUAGUAAUUCAAGAUGCCUAGGCAAUGUUCGGCUUUUGGCUGUUCAAACAGCAAAGUUAAGGACAGCGGUAUAAGUCUGCAUAAGUUUCCACUUAUGGAUAAAGAAAAUUUGGUAAAGACAAUGGCUUGACAAAGUGGACCUUCGUUAAUUAUUCACAUGAAAUCUUGUUCCAACCGGUUAUUAAAAUAUUCCUUUGCCGCACAAAUAUUGAAUAAACACACAAAUGAUGUCAUGUGUAUGCCGACAUUUCGUCCAAUGAAAAUUAACAAUAAAAUAAACAAAGGGCAAUGACUCCUGCACAAAUAUUGAAUAAACACGCAAAUGAUGUCAUGGGCACGCACGGAGCUCAACAACAGCCUGCCGAUGAUAGUAUUGAUAGUUCCCAUCGAAUAUCGCUCACAAAUUUGUCUUGAAAUAACUUUCUUCCUGACGUAUAUUUAUUGUCACAUUUAUGUAUUUCAUUUAAAAAACACAUGUAUUCCAGAAUAUUUUGAAAGGUAAAAUUUUUAAGUAUCAUGACAUUGGGGAAGCACUGAUGAAAUAUCUUUUGUUGUGUGUAGCAGCCUAGUGAUGGCUUACUCUCAUCACGUGACCAAACAAGGAAGUGACUAAGGCGCAUAUAUUCUAGUUCUGCAUAUGCCCAAAAUAGGCACAAAAACAUUUGUUUUAUGGUAUGGCAAUAUAAUUUAUAACUAUUGCCACUAUCGGCUUGGUGAUGAUCUCAUUUACUUGCGUUUUGCUGGUACCUAUGCCAGGGUUGAUGCUGAUCAAAUUGGACAAAUAAAAAUCAUGUUCUUAAAUUUGAAUGGAAUUUAUAUCUUUAUCUAAUCAAUAUAUACUUAAAGACACUUGCUAAAAAGAACGUCUGUUUUUUUAAAAUCAAUAAUGAGUCACAUAAUAUAUAUAUAUAUAUAUAUAUAUAAAAUUAUGAUUGCACAAGUUUAUAAUAAUAAAUUUCAUUUUUAUUUAGUUAAACUUUUCAGUUUUUAGUAACUAGAUAUUUGAUUGAGGUUGAGAAAGAUGGAAAACUUUUUUUCCUAUUCAAAUUAUUUAAUCAGAAGGCUUUGGUGAAAGACAGUGUCCAUACAUCGGGUGAUCAGACAAAUUGCGCGGGAAAUAUUCUUCCGGCGGACAUGUCAUGUGACCGUCGGACGACUAGUGGGUGUCAUUUUUCCGGCAUGUAUGUCACAUGACAAGAGGUUGCCUCAAAAUGGUGUAAAGAGUGAUAAAGUGUAUCAUAAGCGUUUGACUUUAAAUUAAAACUUUUAUAAUGUUAGGUGUAGUAGGCCUAAAUGUACUAGCCUAUUUGAAUCUGACUCUUAAAAAAAAGUCUGUUAUCUUGGUUUAAAUAUCUUAUGAAGCUCUACCUAGUAGACUAAAUUUAAAAUAUGAACCAAACAAAAUAAGACCAAUACUUGCCAAUUGACUUUCAAAAAAAGUUUUAUGUUAGGCUAUUAAUAUUGACUGAGUGUGAGAAGUAGGCUACCCUAACGGCACACCAUAUUGCCCCUAUGCCUAUAUUAAGAUAUAGGGUCUAUUUCUUUAUGAACUAUCGACCUCCCCACAUUAAAUAUGUAUCAUCCUCACUAUCAUUUUUAUCCUUUCUCUCUUGCUCUCAGUAUAUUUUCCUUCGAAUAUGCAUUGUUCUCCCCCCCCCCCAAAUUUGUUAAAAUGAAGUAAACUCGACAUUAGCAGUCACGUGACAAGGCUGACACACAAAUAUCUCACACAAUUUUGAUACAGCGGUCAUGUGACUUGGUUGCCGGACAAAUAUCUCGAGAAAUUAUUCUCGCCGGACAUGUAGACACUUCGUUGGUAGAAUAGAAGGAUAUUGACAAAUUACAAUAUUAUGACACUGAUAUUGAUAAUUUAAAAGUAUGAAACUGAAAUUCUUAUUCAUAUAGAUUGCAUAGAGAUUAUAGUAUUGAGACUGUUUUAUGACUAUGCUUGAUUUUAAGUUUCAAACCCCUUUUUUAAAGUUAAUUUUAUUGGGAAAAAGUAUGAAAAUCAUUUCAAAUUGAUUAACUUAGAAUUUAUUCAUUUUUGCUAAUAUUAUUUAACUUAAAUCAGUAAGUUAAAAUACAAUUUGAAUCCAAAGAAACUAUUAUAAAUAAUAUUAACAACAUGUUUGAUCAUUUUAAAAAUGUAUAAUAUUUAAAUAACUUGAGCGUCUGUUUUGAAAAAAAUACUGUUGUUCCGGUUUAAUGUGCUAUGUAAAUGUUUAUUAUUUUAUUGAUAAGAUAAAAUUCUUCUAUUGAUCCAAAAUGAUUGAAAUGUUUUUAUGUCAUUAUCAAUGGCGCUAUAGCCCGUGUAGUGCCUUGGCCUGCUCUGCCACAUCCUUCCAUCCCGAUCAAUCCACGGCUUUCCGUCUCCAUGUGUGAGCCCCUUGCUGGCGUAAGUUCUUCUCUAUAUCAUCAAUCCAUCUCAGUCUUGGUCGCCCUGUGAGCCAUCAGCCCCUAGGUUUCUGCCUGUAGAUCACUUUUGCUGCUCUACCAUCUGGCAUCCUUUAAAUAUGUCCUGUCCAGCACAGUCUGCAUUUUGUUAUUGUUGCGACUAUGGGCAUGUCUUUGUACAAUUGAUAUAGCUCUUGGUUUGUAGGGAUUCUCCAAACAUCAUUGUCUAUUAUUUUGCCAUAUAUUUACCUGAUGAUUUUCCUCUCUCAUGUAUUGAGCAGGUUCUCUGCUUUUCUGGUAAAGAACCAAGUCUCGGUAGCUUAAGUUACUACUGGUCUUAUGAUAGUGGUGUAUUUUGCCUUUUUUGUUCCAAUCACUUUUUCUGACAUGAUGUUGAACUGGAUACAUGAUUGUUAAUCGCCUUGUCUGAGGCCCUGAUUAACUGGGAACUCCUUGUACCUUGAUUCUACUUUUGGAGUUAGCCAUCGUCAUAUGUAUGAGCCAGGUAAGUUUUUAAGGGACUCCAAGUUCCUGUAGAGCAUUGUAUAGGUAAUUCCUGUCUACACUAUCAUAUGCUGUUUUGUAAUCCACAUAUAGUUGGUGUAUGUUGAUGUUAUAUUCAUAUGUAAAAAUAUGAUCCGUGGUUUACCUAUUCUGCCGGAUUCCGCAUUGUUUCCUAGAGGACUAAGGGUGUGUUCCCUAAACCUUUCUAGUUUUCUUACUAUAAGUUUUUUGAGGACUUUACUUUAUAGUUUGAGCAGACCAACUUAGGUCCUUUUUCUGAAUUGGAAUUAUGAGUGCAGUGUCCCAUUCUAUUGGCAUUUUUUCCUGUUCCCAGAUUCUGGAUAUGAAGUAGUGUAUUUGCCUAUGCAGUUCGUAAGGAAACAAAGAAGUUUUUAAAAAUAUCAUCUUCACAAAUUUGGUUGCGAAAAAUGAAGUCAUGCAAAGAGGAAGGGAAAAGAUCGAGGCUUGUGCUAAACUGACCUUUUCAGUUUGCUCUUUGUGUGCUUCCACUUUUUCAAUAUUCUAUGGGUCAUUUGGACCAACAAAAAUUUUUUGAUGGACCCCAACAAAGUAUUCAUACAUUCCAUGUCUGAUCUGGUUUAUGUUUGCAUGAGCGGCCCAUCCGUCCUAUACAAUAUGAGCCUCUAAGGAUAUAUCUCUCUAUAUGCACUCCUGUAACAUGAUCACACUUCGGCUUGGCACUUCAGGAGCAAGCUGCGCCCACUCUCUCUUUCUAUGCCCCGAAAACCCAGUCGCUCUCUAUCCACUAUUCUAUUAAAGGACAUCAAUAAAAAAAUAAGUGUUUAAAAAAUACUUCCAACCAGAAUAACAUAAUUUUUUUAUAACUGACGUUCAAAUGGUAGAUUACCUAUUUCAAAAUCUAAAGAAAUCCUGUUAAAAACAAAACAAAAAAAAAGUAUGAUAAAAAAUAUUUAAAUUUAGAAGAUCCAAUUUAUAUAAAAAAAUUGACAUUAGUACUAUCAACUACAUUAUGUUUAAUCUUUAUAAACAUUAAUAUUUCUCAAUAUCUAAAGCAAUUCUUUAAAAAAAAUGUAUUAAAUUCAAGUAAUUCAAAUCUGAUUUGAAAAUAAAAAAUGCUAAUUAAAUUAAAAAAAUUGAUUGAAAUACUAUAAGCUAGAUAUUUAUAAACAUUAAUAUGCCUCAAAAUCUAAAUAGAUCUUUUUAAAAAAAGAAGAAGAAAAAAACAACAAUAUAACGUUUAAAAAUCCUAUUUAAAUCAAAUAAAUCUGAUUUUUUAAAUUGUUUUUAAAAAUAUCCUGACUUUUAUCAACCCAGUUUCUGACAUAUUUGUUCUUUGGAGUAGUUACACGUUAGACUAUAAGUGUAGUAAUUUAAGUAAACUCAUCUAACUUUGAUAUGUAUAGUAUAAAAGACGCUACCAGAGAUCACUGAACAUUUUUAAAAUCUCAGAAAAAUCAAUACUCUAAAUCAAAACCCAAACAUUUGUUUUGAAUUUUUUGGAGCUACAUAUUUUUUAAGGAUGAGUUUGAAUUUAUUUGUACUUUUUAAUAAUGACUUGUUUAGACAGUGGUGUAGGAAGGAUUGGUUGUGGAGGGGGGCACUUUUUUCUUUAUAUGGAGGAGUAUUUUUGGCCAAUUGCAGAGCUUUUCAUGGAUGGGGCAGAGGUGGCAAAAAGUGAAAAUCUUAAUAGGAAAAAUAAAAACGAACCUUUACUGGGUGGUCCUGAUAACUUAUUUGAGAUUUGCUUUUAUUGAUCCAAAUAAAUGGACAUUUUUUUUUUAAAUCAUAGGUUGCGACUAUUUGCACCCGGGUAUCAGAAGUGAGAGGUUGGGAUUAAAAAACUAUUUAUUUAAAAUAUUAUUGUUGGGUUUAUAAGACAAAAUUAGGUAUCAAAUGAAAGAUAAUUGAAUGGACUAUAGUUUUGUAAACUUACUUCUUCAGUUUAACUAAAAUAAACUACCACAAAUGACAUCCAAUGGGAUUUAGUCUAAGGGACCAAGGUCUAAAGAGCGGUUAAGCAAAUGAUUUGGUGAAUCAUGGUGUAGUCAGAAUAGCUGUUAAAUACUUGAGUGUACAUUGGCACUUGAAACUGGGUCUUGGCUUUCUGAUAUCAGAUGAAGCUAUUCAAUAGAAGUCCAUGUGAACACAUUUAAAACCAAUAGAGCAGCGUGUACAGAUCCAUGUGCACAUUUUAAAUAGACUCUAGACAACUUUCCCCAAUGUCGGUUGCCUAGUUCAAGAUAAUUUAAAUUGGUCAAAAUAUAUCAUUAAAUGGAUAAUUUUUUUUGCAGUUAAAAUUCCUUUGAAAUGUAAAGUUUGUUCAUUUGGUAUAAUUUUAAGUAUUUUAUUUAUACUUUGCAGUUUGAAAAAGCCUUUGCAAAAGCCCACAUGCAUGUAAAAAAGGGGCAUCCAUUGUCUCUAGCUGACGUACUGGAUGUUGCAGAUUUAGUGUGUGAUAAGAGACUGAGAGAGUAAGUAACAAAACUGAGUAAAUCUAGAAACUUUAGGAAAAAUUGCAGUAGGAAUUUAAUUACCGUAAAUCGCCUCAGGCUUUGCCCCGGCCGAAUGUCCAUUUUUUGUCCCAAAUAUUAACCUCGGUAAAUAUAAUGUUACUGCUGAUACAGAUCUGAAUAUUUUUUUGAAAAAUAAAGUUUUAGAGAUAUCCAAUAAAUUUGUAUAUUCAAAUGAGUGGAUUGGAGUUCAUUUUCCUCAGAAAACCCUGAAAGAAAACGCAUCAUCUGUUUAACUCUUAGCUUUUUAUCCAAAUGAUGUAACAUUAGCAGUGUUGACAUUAUAAUAGUAACAUGUUUACAUCCUUCCUAAAUGGAUAGAUCACACUAUUUGUAAAUUUCCAUGUCACAUUUUAAGUUGUUUUUUUACACCGAUCAAUAGUAAUUUUAAAAAAAUGGAUUCAGAUGAUGAAGUUGAAAGUUGAUAGCAAUUUAGAUAUAGUUAUGCAUAAUUAAUAAUUUAGAAUAUUCCUGUAUUUAUUAAUGAAGUAAAUUGAUUUUCAUCCGACUUUAUAUAGCUAUUGAGUUUAACCUCUUUUAUCAUUAUUUUCCAUGUGGAUGAAUGCUCUUUUUUUUAACGCGCAUUUAAGAAAGUUUUCUAUGGGUGGGGGGGGGGGGGGAUAUUAUUUUAGGCAUAUAAUGUCUACGCAACCACUUAGAAAUUGAGCGCGCAUAGUAAUUGUGCAUAACACCAGUAAUGUUAGUAGCCCCCCCUUUAAGGGGAUGUAGCAUUGUUUUGUCGUUAUGACCAUAGUUCAUUUUAAAUAUAAUAAUUUAAAGGUUUUUACAUUUUAGUUUAAAAUAUAUUUAUUUAUUUAGUUAAUUUUUAUUAUAUUAUUAUCGGAUCAACAUAUUGCAUUAUACAUAGACAUGGAAUUAUACAUGGAACACGUUAUAGGUGAUUAAUAAAUGUUAAGUCUAGAAAACUCUGAUUCUGUAUCUGGUGAAAAUAUCUACUGGUUGUUUCAUAGCUUUCAUGCUUAUUUUUGAAAGUUUUCUGGAAAUAGCAUUUAUCACAUUGUUUAAUUUACAGGCUAUGUUAUUAUUGAAUCUUUCAAAUUUCAAGUUAUUUAAAUUUAAGAAUAUGAUAGAAAAAUCAUAGUAUAGUAUCUGUUAUAUGAGGUAGCCCAUUUAUCUCUUACAUUUCACUUCAUAGCGUUUAUUAAUAAGCAUUGUUAUAAAAAAAGGAAAGUUUUUGAAAGCAUUCAUUUGUUCAUUAUGUAACGUUAUAUACCUGUAAAUACUGUAAUAUUUUUGUUUAGGUAGGCCUAUUAAAUAUUACUUUAUAAUAUACAGUACCACUUCUUCUGAAUAUGUAUGAGAUUUCUAAAUUCUUUUAUAUUCAGACUUGAAAAAAAAAAGAACUUGGUUAUUUAAAUGUCCAUGCCUUAAAACAAGGCAUCUUAAAUUGUUUUUUUUAAAGACCCUCUGUGGUAAAUACGGUUACAUAGAUUUUUCUCCUGAUAAAAUUUUGAAUUCAGGAAAGCAAAGUUUUGAAACAGGGAGUCUAGAGCAUCGUGACCCAAAUGGUGGUCAGCUGACUGGCACCGGUUCUUGAGCCUUACAUUGCCAGUUCACACAACAUGGAUAUUUAUGGUCAAAUAAAAAGUAACAUAAAUAUAUUUAAUAAAUUGGGCACCAGUCCUUGGUGCGAAUUCAAAACUUGUCCACCAUAUCACCAAACUUAAAAAUUUAGGAAACGCUGGUCUAGUACAUCCAUAUGUCAGAGCUUUGACCUUGUGUGUGGCAUCACAUUAAGUUUGCUAGGCUGUUGCAUAUGUAAAAAAAAAUUCAGAGAAUGAAAGAUGCCUCAUAUUUUCUAUUGCUCUUGAUCAAAAUGUUUUGAGCUUUACAUGACAGUUAUACUCUGGCAGGUAUGGCUUGAAAAAUAUAAAUGGUGACAAGUACCUUUCUGGAGAGGGACUGCCUAAAGAAAAAGAACCUGGGAUCUUGGAAGCCGGUGGCAAGUGGGAUGCCAGGUACAUUUUUCAACUCUCAUUUUUAACAGAUGCUUUGUUUUGCCGACAUUGUAAUUUUUAGUUUGUAGUUUUUUAUGCUUCUAACAGAAUCCUAUAGUUUUAAACUGAUUCCACUUGUGUCACUGUAUUCUUCCUUACCUAGAUUGAGUACACUUUGCAAAGAACUGAUAGAGAAAUAUGAAGAAGAUGGCAUCUAUGACUUCUACAAAAACAAGGGCAAAGAUAGACUGGUUUAUUCACUGUGCACAUCCUACUGUAGUGAAGAUGAAAUGACAACAUUGAGAAAAGUCUUACAGCCAUUGAAAGUGAACAAGAGAGAUGAGUUUUAAAAUAUAACUCUUAUUUUAGUUAUUAAAAUUGAUAAUGCUGAAUUCUUCAAGUUUAUAUGUGUUUUUUCGUGUUAAAAACCUUUUAUUUCAAGUCCAAUUGAUAAUUUAGUAUAAUUUAAAAUUGAGCUAGAACUAUACUAUGGAUGAAAUGUAUCUGAUAUAUUUUAGAAUCACAACUGUCUAUAUAGAUUUUUGUGAGUUCUAUGAACAACUAAAAAAUCUAUCAUAGAAAUGUCAUAGCUGUUUGAAAUUGCUUAUCAAGGUAGCUCUUGAGCUAAGGUUUAGAAUAAUUUGUCUUUUAUAAAGCAGAUUAACUAUGUAUCAAAUUAGAUUAUUCUAGGAAGACUUUUCCAAAGAUUAUUUUAUUUGUUUCCUAAAUGUGUUCAUUUUUUUUUAAGGUUUUAUCAUUGAUUUUGUUUAAUUUUAUUUUAAACUUACAACAACUAGUCCAAGAUCACUGAUGUUUUGUAUUAUAACAUAUGAAGUAUAGAGUUUGCAGCUAUGUCCAGAGAGCCCUGUGCUCACCUGUAAUUAUUUUUUAUACUCUUAGUACAGUGUGGCUCCCACCAAACCCUUUUUUCUGAUUACUAACAAAAACACUUGUUAAGGAAUUAAACAAAAGAAAGUGACUCAGACCUGUUUACCCCUACGGUUUGGCAUUCUAGUUACUGCAGAUUUAAGCUUACGCCUGGGACGCUAUGAUGAGUCAGAAAAUGUAGGGUUUAAAAGUUAAAAAAACCACAAACAAAAACAUUUUAAAAAAAAUUGUGUGCUUUUUUUUUUUUUUAACUGUAUUUUUUAUGAUAACUCUAUAAGCAAUUGAAUAAAAUAUCAAUGCCAUUGCUGUCUUUAUCCAAUCGGAAUGAACCCACCAUAAUCUUUUACUUUUAGAGGAGGCGUUAAUACUUAAUACCAUGUUACGUUUAUCUGCUGUUGCCAUUUUAUUCUUUUUGUAUGUUAAUUCGGAAACCGAACUGGGUGCAAAAAGUAGGGACAAAAAGAAGGCAAAAAAAUCUUCCAUUAGCUAACUGAUGGGAAUAUUUGAAUUGAACUUUCAACUUUUGCACAUGACCAAUUAAUUAAAUAUUGUUUUCACAAGACCUUCAAAGUUAAGAAUGAAACUCUGAGAAAUUGCUAUCAGUAUUAUAUUAGUAAACACGUGACUGAGAAUGGUUGCCCAUGACAAUGGCUGCACACUGCACCACAUUAUUAUAAUUCUGUGCACUGCCCUAAAAAAUGUAGUGGAAAUGAAACAAAGUUAACAGGAGUCAUGACCCAUAUUUGGCUUACAAUAAAAAAUACUGUAAAACAUUAAACCUUAAAUUAAGUUGGCUAGACCAGAGUUGGGGAACCUGCGCAUGCUGACUUCUAGAUCUUCAAAUGUGGCCUUUUGUUUGUCUAAUUUUACAGUACAAUCUUUUUAUUUACUGUCUUUGGUAUACAAAAAUGACCAGAUAAUUUUUUAAUAUAAUUUACAUGCAUACAAAUUUAUUAUGAUAUAAUUUGUGCUAGAGCAUGGUCUGGUAGUGGGCAUUAUUUUUGAGACCUGAAAACUAUUCUGACACUAACCAAGGAGGAGGGAUGGGUAAACCGGUCUGGUGACUUAAAAAUUUCAUUUUCCAUUUACCGUACUAUAAUCUUAUUAAAAUGAUUAAAUUUGUAUGUUUUUAUGUUUAAAUUAUUCAUGAAAUGUUGAGGUUACCUGUGUUGUUAAUCUUAAAUAUAAUGGAUGCCUAACAACGUUCAUUUAGGCCCAAGACCUGCAACCUGUCAAUCAGCCUAUGUUUGACUUAAUACUCUCAAGGAAUCGUAAACAUUCCAUUGUUCUUUACAGACUGCUGGCUAAAUCAAAUUUAUCUAUGUACAAUUUAAUUUUAAAAUCAACUGCCUUUGAUUUCUGCAUCUUAAGGUUAUCCAUUUUAAAUUAUUUUACAAUUUAUUUAAAGAUGUUUAAAAACUUAGUUUUCAAGAAUUCAUAAAACUAUCAAAUUAAUGUAAACCAUUCAGUUUUGUUCAAUAUGCAAGAGAUGAACAUAUUUUUGUUAUAAGAAUUUCAUUAAAACCAACUCUACUUGUUAUGUUGAUUAAAGGUGCCUGCUACAGAGAUAAUGUCUAACACACUGAUGACGAAUGCACUAUUGGGUUCGUCAAAUUAUUUAUGCAACAUAUUUAUUUUGUUCAUGCUAUUUUAUUAAAAUGAACAAUAGCAUACCUUCAUUUAACCAAUUAUCUAGUUUAAGAUAUUGAGUUAACCAUCAUAAUAUUUUUUUAAUGAGAUUGCACACUGUUCAACAUUGCUAUCUGAUUGCAAUGACUAUUGUUUGGUAUUGGACUAUCAAUCUUAUGUUCAGAUUUGUUUCAUUUGUUAAGAUUUGUUUUCAAACUGCUGACACAAACUAUUGUUCAUUGUUGUAAUCAAAAGCUGUGGCCUAUUUAUAGAUUAUUUUUUACAUAAUAUUUCAUUUAGCUUCAAGGAAAUUUGGUUAAAUUCAUCAAAGACUCAGCCUGAUGUAUAAUUUAAAUCUAAUUAGAAGUUGUUUUUAAAGCAUUUUAUAGCUCCUUAGCUCAAUCAGAGUCGAAUAAUUUUGUUUAAAUUGUUGUUUUAAUUAGUUGAUAUUGCUAAAUGAAGAAUUUAAUUGUUGUAGUUCCUAUCAUUAGAAAUAUCUCUAUGUGAAUGUGAUACUGGGACUUAUAUAUACAUAUUUCUGAACCAACAGCUGUGCUGGUGUAUCUAAAGGCAUACAUGCCAACCUGUGGGAUAAAAAAUUGUACGAAAAGAAGAAAAAAGGUAUAACAGCAUGAAAAACUACAGAAAAAAAAAAUGAAGUCGUAAAAGUUUCAUUUAUAAUUCUUUCAUCAUUUUUUUAUGUUUUAAAUGCAUUCAUUAAAAAUAAAUAAUCUAACUUUUGCUGCUUGGAAAUUUUAGCAUGUUUACAUCAUUCAUAAAUGGAUCGAUGAUAUAUUUUAAAUGAAAAUAGCUUCUAUUACAGUCAUGUUAAAUGAAGUCAUGCCUUAGUAAUAAAUAGGAAUACUGACUGAUGCUGGUCAUUGAUUAGGGUUUACUACUCAAAGUAGUUCCUACCGUACGAUGCUGUCUUAGUAUUAACAAAUGCUAUCAAUGAAACUGCCCGCUGUUUUUAAAUUUAGAUGAUCCUGAACUUGUUCAUUUUGAAUGGAUAAAUUAGAUUGAAGUUUCCUGUUAUCCAACGUUGAAUUUAUUGCACGCCCAAUUUAGACCGCUGCUUGUACAAAAAUAUUUCUUUUCUAAAUCAGCGAAAACCCAGGUAAACCUUACAGGUUGGCAUGUGCAUCCAAAGGUGACAGACAAUGAUAUUAUUUUAUACCUUAUUUUCACAAACUAUUUAUUGAUAGGUUGCGUUGCCAAGACUAAAUUGUUUUCCUCAAUACAUCAUGUUUAUUCCUUGUCCUGGCUUAAUGCGAAAUCAUCUCUCACUGAACAUGGCUCAUUAAUUUUUGUUGUUGGUUGAACUUGGACUUAAAAUUUUAUAAAUUAAAUGAGAUAUUUUAAAAUUGUUCAAAAUAUGUUCAAUAAAUAUAUUUUUAGAUUUUU